AGCAGCAGUUGCACAACUUCCAGCAACUCUCUCAGCCGACUACUAAUGAGCUGAAAGCCAGGAACUUCUGAAGAGGUGAAGAGGAAGCUUCCAGACCUCCUCCCUUCACCCUAGAAAUCCAGAUACUCCAACCCCAGCCCCAGUUCACUGAGAUACAGUUCUUGUUUUUCCCUUGCCGGAUAGAUCAUGGCUCCCUUUGGAAGAAACUUGCUAAAAACUCGACAUAAAAACAGAUCUCCAACUAAAGACAUGGAUUCAGAAGAGAAGGAAAUUGUGGUUUGGGUUUGCCAAGAAGAGAAGAUUGUCUGUGGAUUAACUAAACGCACCACCUCUGCUGAUGUCAUCCAGGCUCUGCUUGAGGAACACGAGACAGCAUUUGGAGAUAAGCGAUUUCUGCUGGGGAAGCCCAGUGACUACUGUAUCAUAGAGAAGUGGAGAGGCUCUGAACGGGCUCUUCCUCCACUAACCAGAAUCCUGAAGCUCUGGAAAGCAUGGGGAGAUGAGCAGCCUAAUAUGCAAUUUGUUUUGGUUAAAGCUGAUGCUUUUCUUCCAGUUCCUUUGUGGAGGACAGCUGAAACAAAAUUAGUGCAAAACACAGAGAAACUGUGGGAACUCAGCCCAGCAAAUUACAUGAAGACAUUGCCACCAGACAAACAAAAAAGAAUAGUCAGGAAAACUUUUCGGAAGCUGGCUAAAAUUAAGCAGGACACAGUUUCUCAUGACCGAGAAAAUAUGGAGACAUUAGUUCACCUGAUUAUCUCCCAGGAUCAUACUAUUCAUCAGCAAGUCCAGAGAAUGAAAGAGCUAGAUCUGGAAAUCGAAAAGUGUGAAGCUAAGUUCCACCUUGAUCGGGUAGAAAAUGAUGGGGAAAAUUAUGUUCAGGAUGCAUAUUUAAUGCCCAGUUUUAGUGAAGCUGAGCAAAAGCUAGACUUGCAGUAUGAAGAAAAUCAGAUUCUGGAGGACCUGAGUGAAAGGGAUGGAAUUGUACAGCUGGAAGAACGACUGAAGUAUUACAGGAUGCUCAUUGAUAAGCUCUCCACUGAAAUAGAAAAAGAGGUAAAAAAUGUUUGCCUCGAAAUAGGUGAAGAUGCAGAAGGUGCAGCCACUGGCGAACUGGAAAGCCCUAAUUUAGAAAGUGUUAAGGGUGAUUUGGAGAAAAGCAUGAAAGCUGGUUUGAAAAUCCACUCUCAUUUGAGUGGCAUCCAGAAGGAGAUUAAAUACAGUGACUCACUGCUUCAGAUGAAAGCAAAAGAAUAUGAACUCCUAGCCAAGGAGCUCAAUUUGCUUCACAUUAGCAACAAAGAUGGAUGCCAGCAACAGGAAAACAAAGGGAAGGAAUCCGAGGUUGCCAACAGCAGUGGGGAGGCUCCUCCCUUUACUCAAAGGGCAUUUAACAUGUACACAAAUGACACAGACUCGGACACUGGCAUCAGUUCCAACCACAGUCAGGACUCAGAAACAACUGCAAGAGAUGUGCUGCUGUUGUCUACAUAAUUCAAAUGGUUCUUUCUGACCUGCCUUAAUGCUGUUCAUGUUGGUGUAAUUUAGUAGGAAACCAUUUUAAAAAUAACUUACUAAAAAAAGUGUAAGGUAUUCAGUCAUUAAUAAAAACUAGUGAGAUUCGUUGUUUGUUUUUGGUGUAAGAUUUCCAGUGUGCCUUUAAUUAUAAUAGGUUCAUGCAAUGAACUGUGCAUUAGGAAUGCAGCAGAACUAGCUUAUUUAAUGGGAAUUAUUCGAUAACCUCCUAUUGCUUCUAUAGAAAAUGAAUUAUAAAAAAUGUUAAAACAAUUCCCAACAUUACACGAAAUAUUGAAACUGUACACAUGAAGAAGUAAAAUUAAAAUGUGCUAUAGUAUCUUUUUCCACUUUUUAUAAAUAGAAUGUUUAAAUCUGUGAUGUAUAUGACAGCUAUUAUGUUGUAACUGCAUUCAUGCAAAUUUUGGUUUUUUUAGCAGAUUUUAUAACUUAUGUCUGUCAUUUCCUUUAUCCUUCUACCUGUUUAACCCUGUGCCACAGGUGGCUCUUGGGACUUGUAUUCGUCCUGGCAGAGGAUCAGAGUGGAUAGAGAUGAAGCCAGGCUCAUCUGCAUAGAAAGAGUGUUUUUUCUAAAGAAACAUAUUAAGAGUUAUACAUUGGCUUUUGCUGUCUGGUAAUCUAGGUCUUCUAAUCAAAGCAAUGUUGUGCGCAAGUUCAUUCUUUGAGUGAUGUAUAGUGUCAGAUAAGAAAUCAAAGAGCCAUAGUAGUGUUUCUUUAUUCUGUCUACCUAAGUUGAAGCGAUUAAACUAAGUUGAAGUGAUUCAACUUAGGGUUCCUCAAGUGGGUAAAAUAACGUUCUGUAUACCAAAACUAUUAGCAUUUAUCUCUGCAUACAUAGAAGAAAACUCACAUGAACAAAAGACUUAUUCUGUAUGCUAUCACCCAAAUCUGUCUUCAUAGUAAUUUAUCUGAGGCCUUAAAAAAGUAAGGUACUUAAAAAAUGACUAGCAUCAUUCCAAGCAUUCUAGUAAAAAUCCAUGAAAUUGAAUGGAUUACAUUUGCUUGCCUGAUUUUAAUUAGGGAUUUACUUUCUCCCUCUUGCCUUUAUUUCUCCUUCCUUGUUUCUCCUCUGCCUGCUGCCUGCCUUUCUUCCUCCUUUCCUGACUCCAUUCCUCCCUUCCUUCUUGCCAAUGAACACAUGAGGUAAUCAUUUGGAAAACCGUUUUAUCAUUUUUGUACUAGUAAUUGAGUCCUUCUGCAGUUUAUUUUUUCUUUAGCUGACACUUGCCCUAAAUGUCCGGGUAUGUAAGUAGAAAUGUUAUUUUGUGUAGUUUAAUAUGUGGAUAUUGGUUAAGAUGCCCAUUACUUCCCAUUUCUUUCCUUUUAUCAUACCGUAGUACAGGUUUUAAAUCAGUAUUCUUUCCUUUGUUUCCACUUUUAAAGUUGAAAGUAUUUGAUUUUUAACAAUUUUAUUGAUGAAAUUUUUUUAUCUUGUUCUUUCAUUCCUCCCUCCCUCAGUUUCUCCAACCAACUUUGAGAAGAGAUUUAGAAUUUCCAUAGUGUUAGAAUUUUCAGGAACAUGUUAACAUUUCUUAUAUCAAGGUUUUUGUAGGCCAUAUUAGAUGUUGGCUGGCAAGAUGGGAAUUUAGGUUCCAUGGAAAUAGUUAUAAACAUUAAUUAAUAAAGCUAACAUGGGCUUUAUUUUUUUAAGAAAUAAUCGAAUCAUUCCUAUAAAAGAAAACUUUACCUGCCUAGUAACUAUUAAGUCACUAAACAAAAUGGUAAGCUAUUGACAUAUUCAUUGUUCACUGCUAGGGAUUAAAUUCAGAUCAUCAUAAAUGAUAACCCAGUUGUAAAGUUGUUUUCCUACAAUGAAAGUAAUCCCUUUGGAUUACUCUUGUGUUUAGUGAGAAAAUACAGGAACACUACCUAUCUCCUUAUGUAAUCUCUCUAGUUACUUGAAUUCAAAAGAGGUUCUGAAAAGAAAUAAGACAGGACAGAUAAUUUCAUUUUAGAAACAAGUAACUUCUAUUUGUAUAUUACUAAGUACAACGAUGCUUCAAAAGGUCAAUUCUUCUAUAUUUUAUAGCAAAGAAUGUUUAAAACUCUUGGUAAAAGGCAGAAUUAUUGAUUUUUAAUUUCACUUUAAAAUUUUGAUCUGAUCUUUAGUUACACAAAUAUGUCCGUGCUUUUCAUCAUUAUAAUAUUAAGCCAUUCAUUAGUUAGUAGGUUAAUUUCUAAUUUAGAGAUAUGUAUUCACAUAUUAAUACCAAUAGAAAUAUUAAAAUUUAAUGCCCUCAUGUUUUUAUAUUGUGGUAUUCAUUGUUAAAUAAUUUAAUAAUGAAUGGAGUUAUGAAUACAGGAUUUGUUAAAAGUUUAAGGCUUUUAUUAUUGAUAGAGACUUUAAAAUAUUUAUAAAUUCCUCAGUAUCAUGACAGGUUAACCAUGAAAUGGUUAUAUGUAGCUAGAAGAAGCAAAUCAAACCCAAUUACUUGUUCUACACUUCUCUAACUAGACCUGGAUUUUCACAGAUGGUACCUUGGUCAUCCUUCCAUUGAGGAUAACUGUUUUUAUUUUCUUUUUUCUUCAUUCACCAUCUACUGAAAUGCUCCCAUUUUCUCCGUGCUUAAAUGUGCUCUUUUCCCUAAAAAUGUUUGUUGCAUUCCACCAGUUGUAAUCUCUCAUUUCUGAACUCAUGAAUGUUUUAGAUGUGCUUUUCAUUUACUUCAGCAUUUAUAUUCUACCCUGGGUUGUAUUUAUUUAUGUGCUUAUCUAAUUCCCCUUCCCGAGAUAAUUUUUAUCAUACUAUCUUAUCAUCUGUCUUGCUAACUUUGCUCUCUCCCACCAACUUUACCCCCUCACUCAAAUUUAUAACUGAAUCGCUAAAGUUUAGAGAGGUGUGACAAUUGUUGUCUGUAAUUCUUUUACAAGGUAAAUGACUGUGCAUUUUAUGCAUAAAUAUGCAUCUCAGCAGGCAUAAACCAUCAACAGGAAUUCUACCUAUAAAUUUUGGGAAAUAGGCACUGAAUCUUUGGGUUAUUAUGUUUUUUCAGUGUGGCAUGAUUGUUCAUUGUAUUGUAAUGUGAUGUUUCAAUACAUGUAUAGAUUGUGCAAUGUUCAAAACAGAGUAAGCAUUCAAUUUUAAUUUUAUUUUAAUUCAUAGAAAUGAUUUAAAACAACUUUAAUACUAUCUUUUUAAAUAAAAUUAAUUGCAAGGCUAUAGGAUUUUUCUCAGCAUUUUGUACUUAAUAAGAAAAAUAUGUAGAGUUGGGUUCGAAGUGAUGAGACACAAAAACACUUUGAAGUAUCUUAAAUAAAAUAUAUAUAUGUUAUUUCUCAUUAUACAAAUAAAUCGUCCCUCAUUAGUGUGUAGAAGCUAUUCUAAUCUGUUAGAUUUUUAUUUUUAUAUUUAUUUAAACACUUUGUGUAUAUAACAAAAUAUAUUUCUGUGGCUACAUUUUAUAAUUUUUCAAAAUAGAUUUACUGUUAUCUAUUUAAAUUUGUUUACCUAGUGGCAAAAGAAUAUCUUGUAAUUUUGAUGUAAAUUUUUUAAAAAUAUGAGGCUAUUUCUUUUCAUUGCCUGACUGGAUUACUAAACAUUAUGGGACAAAUAUAAAAUAUAUAUCAUUUCUUCAAGUUGUUACUGAUUCAGAAUAAUAAAAGAAAUAAUUUUACCUUAUCAUGUGAUAUUUUCUUUUUGGGUGUGUUAAUUUGCUAUAGUAAAAAUAAAUUUGAUGCAAAGCUUGUACUAUAUAAUUGCUAAGCUCACGCACACAUUUUAUUUUAAGAUCAAUUAUUAUUUCAUGACAGUAUGAACAUAUAGCAAAUAAGACAUAACAAAACUUAUUGGGUUUCAUUGUAGGGGUCUAUCAUGGAAGAAUGUCAUAGCUUUUAUGCUGAUUUCAUGUCUUUGUUUUUCUUGUUUUGUUUUUGUUUUUGCUUUUUUAGAAUGAAAUCAUUUAAUGUGAUUUAAUGUCAAAAGG